CAUUGCCUACUCUCCGCUACUCCGCCGCCACCGGAUCAUCUACCAAUAUUUCACCACCUUCGAUCGCGCCAGCGUCGACUAGACCACCCGAAAGCUAUGGGACGGAUCUUACGGAGUUGACCAUGCGUUUUAUAUAUACUCGAGCCAGCGUCCACUGCCGGCGCGAGUGGCAAACAGGAGACGAUGGUGAAUAUGCGUUGCUUCGUGGCCACCGCGCUGGCCCUCACGGGGGCGGCAUACGCUGCCCCUGUCGUCUCGGACAGCGACCGAUUCACGUUCCUCAAUAUGCCAACUCCCCUCGGUCUACCGUGUGACCUUGCCGUCGGUCCAGACAAUAUGAUCUACACAAACUAUCUUCUCGCGAACAAGAUUGUCCAGAUCAACCCGACCACCAAUGCGAUCAAGGAGUUCGACAUUCCCUUCACCCUCCCCUUGCUCUCGAACCUAUCCCUGCCUGUCUACGGUGGUGUGGCUUUCGCUCCCUGCGUCGUACGGCCAGGGCAAGACGGAAAUAUGUAUGCUGCAACCGGUCUUCGGAACCAAUUGGCGAAACUGGACCUGGCAACCGGCGUCGUAUCGGUCUUCACUCCUCCCAACGCCCUGCAGCCCGUGGGAAAUUUGCAACUCUUGAACGAUAUGUGGGGCGGGCCGGAAGACAUGUUUCUGUCACAGAGCACCGCGGACGUCAUCUCGGCUUUCAACUACAAGACACAUCAAUGGAGGACAUACCAGGUCCCGACCCCCGGAUCAAAUCCGUUUGGCAUGCGAUAUGCAAGUGAUGGCGCGUUGUGGUUUACGGAGACACUAGGCCAGAAGAUUGGCCGCCUCAAUACCACUACCGGCGUAAUUCAGGAGUUCCCCGUCCCAUUCCCCACGGUCGCCACACCCGCCGUGCUCCGCGUGGAGACGGGAGGUGAUAUGCUCUGGUUCACUUGUUUCGUGUCGGACAGUGUCGCCGGCAUCAACAUGUACACGCACAACUUCACCAACUACAGGAAUACCGCCUUCGGAUCGGCAGUCUCGGUUCCUUCAGUCAACACUCUUGACGCCCAAAACAAUAUUUGGUUUUCUACAUGGACUCAGAACUUGCUCACCUACUUCCCGCCGGCCACGGGAAAGAUGACGCAUAUCGAGAUUCCUCGCACCCUCAUCUACACCCCCAUCAGUGUUCCCUUUGAGAUGAACGUCGGCGUGCAGUACUAUGGCGGGGAGGGGAAGAAUCGGAUAUACUUUACGCAAUCCAUCUUCAAUCGGGUAGGAUACUACGAUUUGGAUGCGGGGCAGUGAAUUAUCAAGAAGUAGGCUAGCUAAAACGACUCUAAAUGUUCAAAAACGUACACAUCA